AUGUGGGGAGUGGUUGUGUGGUUGCAGAAACGGGGUUUUGAUCCGCCAUGGGGUUGUGAUUUUCUGAAGGGUGCAAGGCGCAAUGGCAUACGGGGUUGUGGGUUAGGCGAUGAUGCACCGCCCCGCGAUACUUUGGUGAGUGUUGCUGUGCCAUUAUUGUUGUUUCUUUGGAUUGUGGUGUGCGGAGGGUUUCCACCUCUGUGGUUGCAGAGUUCGUUGUUGCGUCGCAGUGACGGGGUGACUGUGCUCAGGAAGAGUGCAGACCGUAAUUUGAGUGGUGGGGUUGGGUGGUGGCGGUGUGACCCGUGUAUGUUGUGUUGCUAA